UCAAAGUAUUAAAACCCCAAAAUUCGCUCUCGUUUGAUAUGGCUGAUUAUGAAUUCCAUUAUGUUCACAUGUUAGCCCAGGACUACUUGAAGUAUGUUCAACAGAUGCCACAACUGGGAUCGUGUCUAAAUAAGACAUCUCAAAUACUACAAAAAGUUGCUUUCUCUGUUCAAGGAGAAGUUGAAAAGGAUAUGGAAACAUGCUUGAGCACUUUGGAUAUUGCUUCUGUAGAUUCUGCCAGAAGAAUUUUCAAAAGCGUUAUGGAAAAGGAAUUUGAGGAUGGCAUUAUUAACUGGGGACGUAUUGUCACCAUAUUUGCUUUUGGGGGAAUUCUCAUCAAGAAACUUCUGAGACAUAGAUCUCCACUGACUAUGAGUACUCAUGAAGAAGUUUCUUAUUUUAUUGCUGAGUUCAUAAUGAACAACAUAGCAGAGUGGAUAAGACAAAACGGAGGAUGGGAAAAUGGCUUCGUAAAGAAUUUUGAACCUAAUAUGGUGUGGCCAAACUUCACGGAUAUUUCAACAAAGAUCUGGGGUGUAUUUUCCUUUCUGAAGUAAUCCUUUUCAACUGAAAAGAAUUAGUCUAUCUUAAAGCACUGGCUAACACAAGAACUCUAGUCAAGAUUUACUUCAAGGCAAUUUUGUGGACAUGACCAGUUCUUUGCGGAAUCUAUGACAAUUAAAAAAAUCAGCAUUUUUAUUAACAAACUGUGAGUGUAUAUCUAUAAAUUCACUUGGAGUCGAUGCUUUAAGCUCUGAGUUAGUAUCGGAGUAUAGCAAAAUACAAGUUCUCUCUUAUCACUUCAAUGAUAUGUUCCAUUGACAGGAACACAUCAAGACUCAAACAUCAUUAUCAAUAGACAUUUACUGAUAUGUUACUUUUACAUACUACUGUACUAUACUGUACUAUAAUCUUCCUUGAAGAUAGAGCUGUUCACAUUAUUUACAAAUAUUUUCAAUGACACUCCAAGGAUUACCAAAUAAAGUUCAACUGUUCUCUAGAAUCCAAUACCCUACAGUCUGGUACCACUCUUAUCUUUCUAGUCUUAGCUCAUACUACUCUUCUCUAUGUAUUUAUUCUAAGAUCUAGUCAAACUAGGACACCCUCCCUUCCCCCAUCCCCCAGACCUCAUAUGCUUUUCUGCCUCUUCAGAGGCAGCUAGGUGGCAGAGUGGUAUAAUGCUGGGCCUUGAAGGUAGGAAGACCUGAGUUCAAAUUUGGCAUAAGAUACUGGCUAAGUGAAGCUGGGCAACUCACUUAACCUCUGUCAGCCUCAGUUUCCUCAACCA